AACAAAAUUUAUCCUUUUUCCAUAAGAAUUGUCUUUUUCUGAAGUGUCGCCAUCUCUUGGACUUCGACAUACUUGUUCCAGGUGUGUUUCCAAGGUGUUUAAGCGUGAUUUCAGUUGACGUUUGAUGUGAUCCUAACCUCUUUUCGACAAACUUAGUUUUUUAAAAAAUCGUGCAAAUUAAUAAAAUCAUCUUGGACGUGGUACGUGAUAUUGUAACUACACCAUGACGACUUCCAACAAGUUAACGAAUCAAAGCGGUGUGAAUUCUGUGAUAAAUCUUACGCUUUCCGAUUUUAUUUUAACCCCCGGUUCUUGCGCCUUGUUGGUAAACGAAGUUAUGAAGAAUCUUUUAUACCAUAGAUCGCAAAUACCGUAUCCUUAUGCGUGGUUAAAGAACAUAAUAAACAAGAAACGACGUAAUUUAGAAGAUGAUGAUAGUAAAAAUACUUCCAAUUUUACCCUCAGUAGGCAUUAUCAAGUAGUAUCAACAGUUUAUGAUUCAACGGAGACUGUAAUGGCAAAUAUAAUUAAAGUAUUUGCUUGUUACGGAUUUAAAUUAAAAGAAGUGGUGUUUGUGAUAGGUGUGACACCACUGUGUCCAAAAGAGGUAUUUACGAUUAAAAUCUCUUCCAUGGCACAUGAUCACAUAGAACGAAAUCACGCAGCCGAAAACAGUAAAAAACAACCAAAAGUUUUAAGGACUAUUUUUCUUGACAACCAUUGGAUGAAUUUAAUCGAAAACUCAUUACCAUGUAGCAACAUGUACAUAUUUCUAAAGUUGACUGGAACUAAGGAUCUCGGGAUUAAAGAAGACAGUAUUUUUAUUCCAAGCAAACCACUUUCACUUUCACCUAGUGUGAAACAUACUGUAAUAAGUUUGAAUUAUGUAAAAACUCAAUUGUUGUGCUGUGAUAAUUUGGAAAUAUUUAAAGAUUCAAAUAAUGUUUAUUGUUUGAAAGAAGUGGAUCAUGUUAAUGUGAAUCAACCAGCUACACUUGGCAGUACUGAUGUCUGGUUGCAAUCAAAGACUUCAAUUAAGGGUUUUAAAGACUGUUUUAUCAAUAAGGUGUCGGCAAAUGAGUUAUGGUAACGCUAGUAGUAUUUUUUAGUAUAUGUAUGUAUAUUUUGUCAGCUGCAAUUUAAGAUAACAUCAUGUUUUAAGUCAAUGAUAUUAAAUAAGUGUUAUAGGAAGAUAAUAUUACUGUAAAGAAAAGUCUGUAAAUGAACAAUUGUCAUCAAGAUUUUUAAUUUAAUUAUGUUUGCGUUAUAGUGCAUAAGCAUAUUGGUUUUGUACUGAGAUUUAGUGUAAGUAGGAAAUAGUAAUAAGUUUUAUAUGU